UCCAGCUUGUUCUUGUGUUCCUAGCUUCCUUCGAACUUCAAAACAUCGACCAGAAUGAUGAGGCUCCUCCUACGAUCACAUUCGCACAGCGCUCGAAGGUGUCUCACAUCUUCAAGAAGCCUCUCUUUCUUAUUAUCAACCCACCCUGUACAACAACCCCUUAAACCCUCUCAUCUCUUAAACCCUCUUAUUUCUUCUUCUUCUUUGAUUGGUUUCUCUCCUAAACCCAGACUCACAAUUAUUUCUCCAUCUACUUUUCGAUUCCUAAACACCCACUCGUCUAAGGAUUUUGACGAUUACCAAGAUGACACCUUUCAGGGUGAAGAAAUGGAAGAGGGAGGGAUUUCAGAUGGUCGGGAAGAUGGAGAUAGUACAGAUGGUUGGGAGGAUGAGGAUGUUGCCGAGCCUACGGCUGGUGAUGGAGGCGAUGGGGGUGGAGUGGUGCUCCAGGGUGUUCCCUGGGGUGAGCGGGCACUGUCCAUUGCUCGUGAGGUGUUGACACAAUUUUCUGAUGACAUAAAGCUCUUCUCUUUCAAGACUACUCCUCGAGGAUAUGUGUUUGUGAGACUGGACAAACUCUCCAACGAAUACGGGUGUCCAAGUAUGGAGGAGCUUGGGUGCUACAGUAAAGAAUACAAGAGAAAGUUGGAUGAUGUUGGAGCACUCGGUGAAAUACCUGAAGAUUUGGCUGUUGAGGUAUCAUCUCCUGGUGCAGAGAGGUUACUAAAGGUACCAGAUGAUUUACCUCGGUUUAAAGACAAGGCCAUGAGAGUAUGUUAUUUAGAUGUGGAUUCUAAACAUCUAGAAAAAGAUGGAGUAUUUAUGCUGGAGUCCGUUGAGACAGAUUCAGAGAGCUGUGUGUGGAAGUUGGCAAAUGUGAAGGAAAACAGGGAUCCGGAUAGGAAAGGCAGACCAUUAACACGUAAACAGAUCGAUUGGAGACUAAAAUUGCCAUUUUCUGUGCAUAAAAGGGUACUUCUGUACCUGAACUCAAGUUGAGAGAUUUUGAUGCUUCAGUGGAAACUGUUGGUUAGAAUUUACGUAAGACAGAUAUUCAAGAAGAACGCUAAUGUUGUUGCAUUUUGUAUCCUAGUCAGAGCUUAGGAAAGACAGAUUAUGUUCUGGUGUCUCUGCUAGUUGUACCGUACCUCGAAUUUUGAUUCGUGACAUCUUACACAAUGUAGUAAUCAUGCCAAAUUUUCAAAGUAUCGGCAUUGAUUGUCAUAUAA